AUGAACAAGCCUGGGAAACUGUGUGAUGUUUUAUGCUUUAUGAGACACCACAACAUGGGUUUGUUUGGCCUCUUAGAAACUAAGGUAAGAGGUAAGAAUUUUCGGAGAGUCUUUGGAAAUUUUGGUAGGGAUUGGUCUGUUAUCACCAAUCAUUCUGUUAGUGAUAAAGUUAGGGUCUUGAUAGUUUGGUUGCCUAGCAUUUUCUCUGUGGAAAGUUGUAAAAUUGAUGUUCAAUUUGUUCAUGUUUGUAUUACUCAUAUUGCUAUGAGGAAGAAGUUCUGGUUGACUAUGGUGUAUGGCUUGAGCACUGUUGCAGAAAGGGAAGGUCUAUGGGCUCACAUUUCCAAGAUUUCUCCCCCGGGAGAUGAUCCUUGGAUCCUAUGUGGUGAUUUCAAUAAUAUCCUAAAUCUUGAGGAUAGAAUUGGAUCUCAAUGUACCCUAGCUGAGGUUGAGCAGUUUAGAAGUUAUCUGAGAAUGAAUAAUCUCACUGACUUUAAUGUGGGAGGUUUGUACUAUACCUGGACAAAUAAGCAAGGGGUUGAGGAUAGGGUUUGUACAAAAAUUGAUAGAGCCAUUGUGAAUGAUGGGUGGCUCAAUAUGUUUCCUAACUUUUCAGCUGAAUUCCUGCCAAAAGGAUUGAUGGAUCAUACUCCUUGCUGUAUGAAUCUUGAUACAAAUGCUGGGAAUACUAAAAAACCUUUUAGAUUUUUCAACAUGUGGACUGAUGCUCCUUGUUUCCAUGAUAUUGUUCAGAAGGUUUGGGAUAGACCAAUUCAGGGAACAACAAUGUACAGGGUGGUAAAGAAGCUGAAAGCUCUUAAGCAUGAUCUUAAACUUCUGAACCUUACUCAUUUCUCUUCUAUUGAAAGCACUGACCUAGCUACUAGUAAGGUUUGGGCUGAGAUUCAGAGGAAAUUUAAUGCUGACCCUACAAAUACCGAGUUUAUUCAGCAAGAGCAUGAGCCACGAAUUGCUUAUAAUGAAGCUCACACAGCUAGGUUUCUGUUUUUGAAACAGAAGGCAAAGACUCAUUGGUUGAAGGAGGGUGAUGGUGGCGUUUGA